GCCGCCCCACCCCCUCCCCCGCGCCCCGCGCUGUCAGGCAGCCCUGGGCAGCGGCGGUGGCAGGAGGAGGGGCAGGGAGCGCGGGCGGCGAACGUACAAAGAGGGUGGAGAGCCUGGAGCGGCGCCUGGGUCAGGAGAUUUCAACUUUCCUAAGACAAAAAUUCUGCAAAUAUGACCUCAUCUCAAGUCACUUUUGAAGUGAGAGGACCAUCAGUACCAGGAGAGGUUUUUGCAAUAUGUGGGAGUUGCAGUGCUUUGGGAAGUUGGAAUCCACAAGCUGCAGUGGUCCUCCGGACUGAUGACUGUGAAUUAUGGAAAGCUUCUAUAGAGCUUCCCAGAGGAGUUCCUGUUAAGUAUCGAUAUUUUAAAGGGUACUUCUUAGAACCUAAGACUAUCGAUGGUCCCUGCGAAGUCAUAGUUCACACGUGGGAGACUCAUCUACAACCACGAUCAAUUACCCCUUUAGAAAAUGAAAUGACCAUUGACGAUGGAUACUUUGGAAUUCAUAAUGGUAUUGAAACUGUGGAUGCUGGGUGGCUGACCUGUCAAACAGAAAUACGAUUACGUCUGCAUUAUUCUGAGAAGUCCCCUGUAAUGAUAUCAAAGAAGAAAUUCAAAACAUCAAGGUUUAGAGUGAAGUUGACUCUAGAAGGCCUGGAGAAAGAUGAUGAUGAUGAAGAGGGCCAAGAAAAAACAUCCCCUACUGUUCCUCAGAAAAUGGCAAACACUGUGGAGUUCUCCUUAAUAAGCAACAACGAAUAUAAAUGCCGACACUCUCAGCCAGACUGUGGUUAUGCUUUGCAGUCAGAUCGAUGGCUAGAAUACACUAUACAAACCAUGGAGCCUGAUAACUUGGAAUUAAUCUUUGAUUUUUUUGAGGAAGAUUUAAGUGAGAAAGUAGUGCAAGAUGAUGAGCACCCAGGUCAUGUAGGUUCUGCCUGCCUCCUGUCAUCCACAAUUGCGGAAUCUGGGAAGAGUGCUGGAAUUCUUACACUUGCUAUUAUGGGCAGAAAUCCAAGGAAGACUAUUGGAAAAGUCAGAGUGGACUACAUAAUAAUUAAGCCAAUCCAGGGAUAUACUUGUGAUAUGAAGGCCUCAUAUGCAAAAUACUGGAAACCAAGAACAACUCUCGAUGUUGGACACAGGGGAGCUGGAAACUCUACAACAACAGCUAAACUUGCUAAAGUUCAAGAGAACACUAUAGCUUCUCUGAGGAAUGCUGCUAGUCAUGGAGCAGCGUAUGUGGAAUUUGACGUACAUCUUUCUAAAGAUCAUGUGCCUAUUGUAUACCACGAUCUGACUUGCUGCAUGGCCAUGAAGAAGAAACUGGAUACAGAGCCUUUGGAGUUGUUUGAGAUUGCAGUUAAAGAGCUCACAUUUGAUCAGCUGCAGUUGUUGAAGCUGGCUCAUGUGACUGCCUUGAAAGUAAAAGAUCACAAUGCAUCCUUUAAAGAAGAAGAAAACUCUGCUUAUGAGACUCAGCCAUUUCCUUCUCUGCAGAGAGUUCUAGAGUCAGUUUCUGAAGAUGUUGGGUUCAACAUAGAAAUAAAAUGGAUCUGCCAACAAAAGGAUGGACAGUGGGAUGGCAACUUGUCAGCUUACUUUGAUAUGAACCUCUUUUUAGAUAUUAUUCUGAAAACUGUUCUGAUGAAUGCUGGAAGGAGGAGAAUUGUUUUUUCUUCUUUUAAUGCAGAUAUUUGUACCAUGGUUCGACACAAGCAAAAUAAGUAUCCCGUGUUAUUUCUCACCCAAGGAGAAUCUAAGCUCUAUCCUGAACUCAUGGAUCUUAGAUCUCGUACAACUCCAAUUGCCAUUACUUUUGCACAGUUUGAAAACUUGCUGGGAGUUAACGUGCACUCUGAAGACCUGCUGAGGAAUCCCUCUUAUAUUAAAAGAGCCAUAUCUAAAGGCUUAGUUAUUUUCUCAUGGGGUGAUGAUGCAAAUGACCCCGAUAACAGGAAGAAGUUGAGAGAAUACGGUGUUCAUGGGCUAAUAUACGACAGGAUAUACGACUCAAAUCCCGAACAACCAAAUAUAUUCCAGGUAGAGCAGCUGGAACGUCUCAAGAAGGAAUUACCAGAGUUGAAAAGCUGCGUGUGUCCCACCGUUAGCCACUUCAAGUCUAUAUCUCCAUGUAAAUGUCAUCAUAGUUGCUUGGAAGAGAAAGCUGUAGAUAACUUGCAGAGCGUUCAAAUGCAAAAGGACUGACUCCAGGCAGAAUGCUGGUUUGGAUCUGUUUAAUUUUGACCAUUGAAACAGUGCUGUCCAUGCCUUCAUGCUUGUUUGUUUAUUUUAAGUUUCCCAAAUAGCAAUAACUGUGUUCCUCCCUCCUGACAGUACUUGCUCAAGUUGCAAACAAUGUUAAAGUAUUCAGCCAGCUGUAGCCGUUGUUCCAGUUUACAUAGUUUUAACUUUCCCAUAUCAAGUCUCAAAUUUUGAGUAUUAACACUAAGUGUAUUCUAAAAAUGAAUUAAGCACUCUAAGGAGUGGAAGCUCAAAAAUGACAUUGUAGAGAAAUUACAAUGAUCUGGUAAUGAAAAUGCUUUAAAAAAUAUAUUGAUUUGACUUCAGUACUGCAGCUUGUUAGCCUGUAUGUGACAACAGGAAAUGAAGAGUGGUCAUAAGACACAUAGAAUUAGAUCUGGCCUGAAUGAAUUGGUACCUCAUAUAUAUAUAUAUGCAUAUAUAUAUUGUAUGUAUUUGCACUGAAACAUCAACGUGUACAAAGCUUUGUGCCAUUUUAAAAACAUCUGUGUUUUUUUUAAAGUAAAUUGCGUUGCAUGUGAACUCACUUCUUCCCCCUGCAGUGGACGUUCAGGCUGCUGCCAUUGCUUCCUGAUUUGCCAACUGCGUGGUACGGUGUCUGCGUGCAGCAGUGGGGGUGAGCCACAGGUGUGACAUCUCUCAUUUAUCUCACACAAACCUGCUGAACUUCUUAGGAAUGUUGCUUAUAAUUUUAAUAUUAACAGAAUUACAGAAAUACCUUCAGUGGUUGAUAAUCUUUUGCACAGUAACCUUAAUAAACAAAAUAUGUACGAAUGCACAAACUCUAUAAAAUGCAUGCUUUAGUCAAUAAGCAUGGGAUUUAGGUGUUUGAGGACCUUGCAUCUUUACGGUGCUAGUUAUGUGUGAAGAGUGCAAGGACUCACUGAACUACUUCAUCUUUUUUGCCUAAAGCCACAAGCCUGUUAUUCACAAACAUUCGGAGGAGGAAAAACAAGAAGCUAUACCAUACAUGGUUUGUCUUUUUCAUAUUAUGGAAGCCACUAGCUUUUGUAUUUUGCAAUAUUUGAUUUAUUAUUACUACUUUUUUUUUUUAGAGCAAGAAUCACAAAUGUUCUGAAUUCAGAUAAUCUGUAUGCUGUUGGCUGAUACCUAUCCCUGUAAUUUAUUACAAAGUCAUAGUUUAGAAUUCUUAGUAGAUACACAUGCAUGUCCUUUUUCCUCCUGGAGUUGCAGGUCAUGCCAACACAACAGCUGUAACUUUCUACUGAAGUGUUAAUGUAUAGUAAGAAUGGAAAAUAUUUAUUUUUUUCCUCUUGUAAAUUGACAAUGAAAACAAUAGUGUGUACUAUAUUCUUUAUAUACAGUCAUUGCAACAUGAAACUGAUUGUACAGAGUAAAGCCAUUGCAAAUACGUGCUUGAGCUUGCACCUCUGAGCAGUUUGAAACAGCUUGUUUCAAUUUGCCUUGUGUAUUUUAGUAUUUAAAGUUUGUCCUGCACAAACAGCACAGUAAUGGCUAGAUACUUGGAAGCUGUCUUUUGUAUAUUAAAAAAUAAAUUAAAUCUACCUUC